CUCUUUUACGAAACAUUUCCGGUUGUACAACAUACGAGGGAAAGUUGAACCAUUUUGACCCGAAAACGUCACGUAAAUGUCCACUAAAAGGCAACAAUCACCGUCUAACUUAUCAGACAGAUGGAUUGAGGAAAACAACGAAUUUGUCAACAAAUGGAAGAACAGAGAUGUUUCAAGUCGAGAGCAGAACCACACUAAAUUGUUGUUGUCAUCUGACUUCCACAAACUUUUACAAAAAAUACAAGGUCUUCCUCCACUUGAAGAUUACGCUCAAUUGGAGUUGUGUGUGGUGUACAAUGUUUGCUUGCUUUCCAUCAGUUUGUCCAAGAUGUCAGAGGCGGAGAUUCUCCUGGCGCAAACUAUGGACAGAGUUUUACAGAUGACAGGUGUUGAACCAAUGGCCUCCUCGCCACGAGAUGUUUGGCGUACAGUUCUGACAUCAAUGGAGAAAAGAGCAGUCAAUUCUAGUGUACAGAACUUGUUGUGUGUGCAGUGGGCUAUCUGGUUGGCCAACUGUUCACUUGAAGCCAUCGAAGGACUUCAGGGGGAGUUUUCCUCACUUUCUGCAAGAAUUCAAGACCUGACAAGUGAACCAAGAAAAAUAUCUUCAAACACUCCACUUUUGGUGAUGCAACCAAAAAACCUUCUUCAAUUAUUGGAAAUUUGCACUCUCAUCACUCAAGGUGCCGGGAAAAUAAAUGAGGGUCGAAGCUCAGAGGCACUGACAUGUCUGCAGGCUGCUUCCUCUCUACCUGCUCCCAAAACUCUCGUGGCAUACACGCACCUGCUCUCUGGCUCCUGUCUCGCCCACACGGGCCGUCCUCAGAUGGCACUGCAGUGUUUCAGGAAAGCGGUGGAGAUAGAUUUUCCUUGUGUAUGUGCUUUAUACCAAAGUUUACUCAUCUUCAGGCGCCAAGGCAACACACAGGCGGAGAUACAAAUGCUUGGUUUGUUGCACUCGACUCUGAUGUUGACCUCCACCACUGAGCCUGGUAAAACCAGUGACCAGCUCCUCUCCUGGUCCGUACUUCUACAGAGUCAAGCCCUGCGCAGCCUGCUCUCUGUCCCAACUGCUCUAUGUGUCCUUCACAGUUUGGCUCAGAAAUGUGUGCUGCAUUCAAGGGUUUCUGAAGCUGUGGAGCAUUAUUUGGACCUGCUGGCUGCUAUUCAUUCUGAAGAAAACAGAUCUGAGGACCUUCACCUCCCCCGGUUACCUGAACUUUACCUGGAAGCCGGCACCUCCUUGCUCUUGGCCAAGCGGCCCCUUGAUUGUAUGACACUAUGUGACGAAGUCAUCUCCACGACGGCUGAGUUGCUGCCAGAGCAUGUGGUGCUAGAAGAGCCAGCGGAGGGUGUUGAGGCACCAGCUGUGCGCGCUGAAGGUGAACAGGAUCAGGUGGCAAUGCUGUUUUGGACGGGUGCAGCGUACCUCGUCCAAGGUCACUGCUACUGUCACAUGCAGGACUGGAAGCAAGCUGUAACUCACUACACAAGGUGUAUAAACCUGCUAGUGAAAGUGCGCUUUAAAGAGAAAGGGGGCCAACCUCAAGUCCCUACUGCAGACAUGGUUGAUGAGAAGAGAACAGAUCUUCAGAUCUUACAGAGGAUGAAGGGGCUCUCGUUUGCUGGGAGGGGCGUUAGCUUCGCGCACACUGACCAGCUUGGACAUGCACUGAGAGAUCUCCAGCUAAGCCUGCAGGCUUUUGAAGAGUGUGUGGGUGCAGGACUAUGGUGUGGAGAGGUGUUGUGGAGGCUCAACAGGAAACAAGAGGCUGCUGCAAUUUGGGAAAAAACAUGGAGUAUCAGCAAACAUUCAGUAGAGAAAAUUCCUGUGUACUUGCAGGAACCCCAGUCCGGACCCAUGUUGGACUCUGCAGAGCUUCGCCUCAGAGUACGAGAACUUGAUCCCAAAUAAGCCACCUUGAGCGAUGAAGAUUUUCCUUGCAAGUUUUGUCAAAUGUUGACAGAAAAAAACUUUUGGUUUGUGUAAAUAUAUGCCAGGCUCACAAGAUACACGAAUGGUGUUUAUUUUUUUGUGUAGCUGCAAAUGAAUGUCCAAUUAAUAAAUGUCUUUAUUUGUA